AUGAGAACUCAAAAUGUUAAACAAGACAUAGAACGGAUGGGCUAUAUUCUUCAACUUUUCCUUCUCUUGAUUUGUUCUUCUCGGGGGCAGUUUCCAAUGUUACAGUUGGACAUUGAACUUUUAGACCGUUGUUAUAACUUACCCACUGGUAUUGUCAAAACGUUUGAUAUGAAUGGCAAAAUAUAUAAGUGUUCAAUUCCUCGCAAACAAAAUGUGAAUUCGAGCGUCGAAGAGUUUCACAAAUUACAAAAGGAAUCGUCUUGUUUGGCUUACAACAACGGAUAUUACAAUUACAUCUUCUGUCCGGGAUACAAUUUGACACAACAACGGAUAGUCAAUGGGCAGAAGAUCAGUGAAAUAGUCUUAGGUCGUCGGGUGUCUUCUGUUAAAAUUAGUAAAAACUCUGUUCGUGAAGAAUACGUCGACGGCAAUUUGUGUCUCGGCAAAGGUCAACGGAGUUUUGUUGUCAACUACAUCUGCAUGCCUGACCAAAUCCCUCGCUUUGUCUUUGCUGGGAUGGAAGAGGAUAAUUGUAAAUACACAUUCAAAUUUCAAGUACCCAAAGUAUGUUCCUUGGGUAAUUUCGAGGAGUGGAAUAUGGAGGGAUAUGUCAGGUGCUGUCAGACAGUCCAGAUGCCUUUUUUGUAA